AUGGAGUGUGUUAGCACAACUUCUAUGUCGGUGUUGAUAAAUGGGUUGCCAAUAAAGCCGUUCAAGAUGGAAAGAGAUUUGCGACAAGGUGAUCCUCUAUCUCCAUUCUUGUUUGUUCUUGUUGUGGAUGUCCUACAUAGAAUGAUUGGAGUGGCAGUCAGGAACGGUCGGAUAGCUCCAUUACUUGUUGGGAGAGACAAUAUAGAACUGUCACAUCUCCAGUUUGCUGAUGAUACUGUGUUAUUCUGUCCACCAGAGGAGGAGACUAUUAAAAAUUACAAGAGGCUGCUUCGUAGUUUUGAGGUGAUGUUGGGGCUAAGUAUCAACUUUGACAAAUCCAACUUGAUCCCAGUCAACUGUGAACAACAGUGGGUUCAAAGUAUGUGCAGCUUGUUGGGGUGCAAAGAGGCUACUCUCCCGAUCAGGUACCUUGGAAUCCCCUUAGGAGCUAACCCAAGUGGUGGUGGUGGUUCUCAAAAGAGGAGGGUCCGUUGUGGAAGAAGGUGGUUUGCUCAUGAAACUCUUCUUUGGGAAGAUGUGUGGCUAAGUGGUGGUCCUCUAAAGGAAAGGUUUCCAAGGCUUUUCUCAGUUUCAGAUCAAAAAGAAUCUGUCAUAGGGAACUAUGGUUUCUGGGAUGGGUUAGAGUGGAUUUGGAACUUCCAGUGGAGGUGUGAGCUUUUUCAAUGGGAGUUGGAAUUGGUGAAUCAACUACAUGAUGCUUUGAGACCGAUUAAACUAGCUUUUGAUAGAGAGGAUAGAGUUGUCUGGAAGUUUGACAAGCAAGGCAUUUUUUCUACUAACUCAUUUGUGCAGGUCUUGCAGGUGGAAACACUACCGGAAGAGAUAACAAGCUAUAGCUUCACGAAGACUAUUUGA